AUGUUUCAUGACACCGUCACAGCACUUAAUGCACCAACUAUGCCCAUACCAGCUGAAGACGAUUUUGAUAAAAUGCUCAUGGAAGCUUUUGAGGAAGAGGAGGCUAGGAUAGAGAAAGAAAGGCAGAACGAAAUUUCGUCAAAUGUAGUAACUCCAGCUCCAGCUAAGAUGAAUGACUACGAUGAUGU